CGCGUCGGUUCUGUUUGACGUAUUUUACAAAUACGCGAAACGAGGGUGCAAUCGAAACAGAAACUCAAAUCGGAGAAACAAGGGGGCUUCUUCGCCGAGAGCGAGGGGGGGAGAGAUCAUUUGUGCAUAUUGUUAUUUUUGUUCAUGAUGUGACAAUAGUGAAUUACGGAAAAAAUUUAAAAAAAAAUUAAUAUUUGUUCGUGUACAAAAACAGUGUUUGCGCGCGUUUGGUUGAAGAAUACGAUCAAACUCUUCGUUUCUUGGACCUGUAACAAGGAUUGAUAAAAGAAUGCAUUUAAUGGAUAUUUCGUUGGAGAUGGAUCACUACAGGGCCAUGUAUGAGAGACUGAGAAACUGCCACGGGGAAUUGGUGCAAACGGGAAGUCCCUCCAUCCUAUGCACCACGCUACCGAAUCACUGGAGAUCAAACAAAUCUCUUCCGGUAGCAUUCAAGGUCAUAGCGCUGGACGACGUGAACGACGGCACCGUAGUCACUAUCAGGGCAGGCAAUGACGAAAAUUGCUGCGGCGAGCUAAGGAAUUGCUCGGCCGUGAUGAAGGGCCAGGUCGCCAAGUUCAACGAUCUCAGAUUCGUCGGCCGCAGUGGAAGAGGAAAAUCAUUCUCACUGACGAUCCAGAUCAACUCAAUGCCAUACCAAGUAGCAACCUAUGCCAAAGCUAUCAAGGUCACGGUGGACGGGCCACGCGAACCAAGAUCCAAAUCAAAUUAUCAGUAUCCGGGCACUGGAUUCCCUGGGCUAACUUUAUUCAGUCCGUGGUUGGAUCCCGCAUACUUCACACAACCCUGGUCUUUUCAUCCUUUUAUUAAAGGAACGUUGCCGGUACCACCCGCGGAUCUGUUCAGUCCGAGCUUCUCGCAAACUCUCGCGCCGUACUCACUUGACCACAAAUAUCCCGCCGAAUACAUGGCGUACAAUAGAGCGACGGCGUCCGCGAUACCACCGAUGGUCAUGCCGAGCAGUCCGUCCAGGUCGCCGCACAGUCCCAGCGAAUCCGGCAGCGAGUCCGCGAUCGAAGAGGUCCGAAGUGCCUUCGUGCCUCUUAGACUGAACACCCUACCGCCGAGCACAUCAUCGUCGUCAUCGUCGCCGGACAGAAAUCCCAGGAAACCAGUGGAGGGCGUGAAAAACGAGCUGAAAGCGCCUACCGCGCUUAUCUCGCAGAGGCUCUCGCCGUCAAAAAGGAGCCCGACGCCGACAAAGAUCUUGUCACAGUCCACAAAACCUGUCUGGAGACCGUACUAAAACGCCGUUCUAGAAAAUGACUAUGGAAUCCCGGAAGGCUAGUGAUACGAUAAACGGUGGCAUCUUCAACGCGAAGAUAAUGCUUUAGACAAAAGACGAAUUCUCCUUACCUAUCGUUUUUCUGUACAUGCGCAGGUGCAUUUUUCUCUUCGGUUUUACGAAGAGAACACGGGAGAAAACUAACGCGAUCAUAUUGGUUGAUUAAAAAUUAAAAACUUUGUUCUAAAUGUAAAAAAUAUUUCUUAGGAUAUUAUUGAUAAAAUUUUUAAAUUUACAUGUGUUAAUGAGACUAAUAAGAACUUAAUUCGCGGUUGGUCAUAAAGAAAGUAUAUAUAUAUAUAAGCUUAUAAGCUUGGGUUUACAUAUACGUUCCGAAUAUGUAUUUCAAUUCCUACUUUGAAUCUUAUCGAUGGUGGACGAAAGAUACGCCUUGUACACACCGCAUAAAAGGUGUAAGCCAAGUCAUAUGAGAAGUAUAAAUAACGGUCAAAGUAUAAGUUGAUUGAUUCUCCGAGAGCCUUUAAUACUUAUUAAAUUUAUAAAAUUCAUCGUGAAUUUUAUAAAUUAUACAUGUAAAUAGUUGUACAUAUAAAAACGAGUUUUGUACAUACCGUGUAUAUAGUUCGCGUGGACAAUAAAGAAGUAGUUAUAUAGACAAAUAAAGAUUUAUCUACAUUUGUGUGUUCAUGGAAGUGGGUGUGCAAGUAUAAAUGAGAGAAUGAAUGAAAAGGAAGGGGAGGGGUGGAGAGAGAGAGAGAGAGAAAGAAAGGAAGAGACCAAAAGAGAAAGAUAUUAAUAUUAUUUAUAAGUCAGAGAUCUAAUGUAAACAGAUGGUAAAUAUAGAGAUGCAACGAGAAGAAUAAA